AAUCUUCUUCCCUCUUCUUCUGUGUCUCUCCCCAAUUAAAACCUCAGAAACCCUAGAAAAUCCCGAUUCAUUAUCCGAGAGAAGAAGAAUUGAGAAAUGAUGAAGCGUCUCAUCCCAACGUUCAACCGCAUCUUGGUGCAGAGAGUCAUCCAGCCUGCAAAAACCGAAAGCGGCAUCCUCCUCCCUGAGAAAUCCUCCAAGCUGAACUCCGGCAAGGUGAUAGCUGUUGGACCUGGAUCAAGGGAUAAAGACGGGAAAUUGAUUCCGGUCUCUGUGAAGGAAGGCGACACUGUUCUUCUUCCAGAGUACGGUGGUACCCAGGUCAAGCUCGGCGAGAACGAGUACCAUCUGUUCCGGGAUGAGGACGUCUUGGGGACAUUGCACGAGGAUUAAAAAGGCUAAAGUUGGCUAACUCAACCACGAAGGUUCAUGUUGGCGUGCGUUUGUGUUAUGUCUGGAGGAGUUAUUUUAUAAGUUAGUUUAUCUUGAAGAUGUGGUUGGACUUUGUCGUUUAUCAUUGAAUUUAUCUUUAAGAAUUGUCUUUGAAUUGUUCAUCAAUCAUAUGGGUAACCCAAGUGUUGCAUCUUCUGAUUCUAAUAUUUUGUGUUUUUUCAUAA